AUGACUGCCACAGCAACAACCAUACCACUCCCUGAGAUAGAGUUGCCAAAGAACCCUGCUGCUCCAGGUACCGAUGCAGAUCAGCCUUCUGUUACGAACGAAUAUCUCCUCAAUAUGGUUUGCGACGAGACCGGCGAUGCCCACUACUGCUCCUCUACGCACCCAUCGAAAGAAAAGAACACACAGCAAAUAACUUCACCCUCUCCCGACGACACCGACAUGCAGUGGCAUGACCAUAUGAAGGCCUCAGUCACCAGCAAUACUGGAUCCAAUACCUUUCCGUUCAUGCGAUUACCCGCCGAUAUACGUCUUUGCGUCUAUGAUGAGCUGGUGGCCAUGCCCGUGACUCGAUUACUUGUCGGACCUCACCUGCAAAUUUGCCAUACGAAGCCUUCUGUAGGAAUACUGAGAGUCAGUCGAGUAGUUCGCGAAGAAGCCUACCCCAUAAUAGAGCGCGGCCGUUUGAAGAGAUACCCAUCAGUCACCGUCAAGGUUCCUGCAAACAGCAGCUCGGACGAUUUGUCAGAUCACCUCUAUCGGACCGAAUAUUUGAUGGAAGACCUUGCAUACCGGUUCCUGAGAGCUCAGAAGGACGAUGAUGGACAGCAUAGCAUCUCCAACGCAAUGCAUAGUCUCCAUCAGUGGAUGGAGAGAGGAUUCAUCAGUGAGGGGGACAACGCUGCGGAACACCGCGAGAACAAGGCUGCCACGUUCGAGUUCUACAAGCGGGCGAUUCUUACUUCACACCAAGGAACGUUCAGUAUGCACAUCAUUUUGCACGACAGCAAUCUCGUUCUAGACCGCUGGGUCAACGACUGGUUCUCUCUUGCUAGAAACUUGAACGCAAUUUCAGCCGCGUGUUCAUCUCGUAUUGAUGGAAUGCUUCAGGUCUCGGUACCAGCAGAUUGCAUUGCCCAUAUGCGGGACGUGCUCAACACACCUUAUGGAGGACGUCUGCGCCCUGAGAUGUGGAGAGUCGAUGGGCUCAAAGACGACACUCAACUACUGGGAAGCUCAUGA